AUGCAUCGCGUGCCCGCGGCCCAGACGGCGCGAUGGCUCAAUAGAGCAUUGCGGCUGGCCGACGUGGCGCCGGUUACCGCGGUUCCUGUGUUCUUGUGUCCUGCCGUUGGGCUGUGCGGCGGUGGACGACGACGAGCUGCUGCUGCAUCGGCAACGCUUGCGCGACGGUUCAGCCACGCUGAUGCUCUGGCGACGAGCGGCGGGCUGGAUGCGCAAGAGCCUCCCGAGGUGGCUCCAAAGCCCGCUCGACAACUUCCCGUCACUUGCAGCGGGUGCGGUGCCUUUGCCCAGACCGUCGAUCCGCAGCAACUGGGGUAUUUCGACUCGCAGAGCAGGAGGGUCCGCUCGUGGCUGAAUCCCGGCGAGAGUCCUGCGCAACGGGCUGGUUCGGAAGAGGACAAGGUCGUGGAUACCGUGCUCAAGUCGCUGGACCCGGCGAGGCUCGAGGAACUGGGGCUCAGUGCUGGUGUGCUGAUUGACGACGACGAGGGGCUUGCCGUGGCCAGAACUGCUCUGGAGAAGCCUCCAGUUUGCGACAGAUGUCACGACUUGGUGCACUACGGCGCGAAGAGCGGCACGGCCAGGCUGACCACGUACCAUCCCACCGUUGAAUCGUUGCGCGAGACAAUCGAGGAGUCCCCUUACCGGUACAACCACAUAUACCACGUCAUCGAUGCGGCGGAUUUCCCCAUGUCGUUGAUUCCACGCCUAAACGUAUUGCUGGGCGACAUUCCCCUGCGGUCCAGAAAUCGACGCUCGCGAGCGAGCAAGUUCCAGAACGAUGGCAAGACGGAAAUGAGCUUCAUCAUCACCAGGGGCGACCUUUUGGGCCCGACGAAAGAGAUUGUGGACUCGAUGAUGCCGUACCUUCGGGACGUGCUUCGAAGCGCGCUGGGUCGGCUGGGCGAGAGGGUAAGGUUGGGCAAUCUCAGGUGUGUCAGCGCCAAGAGAGGGUGGUGGACAAGGGACGUAAGGGAGGACAUAUGGGACAGAGGCGGCGCAGGCUGGAUGGUGGGCAAGGUCAACGUGGGCAAGAGCCAGCUGUUUGAAGCCGUCUAUCCCAAGGGAAGGAUGGGCGAGGGCAGCAAGACGGACCGGGCUGCGGCGUCCACGUAUCCGAGGGGCGCAGUCACGAAUGGCCGGAAGAGCAGCCGGCGCGGCUCAGAGGUGGGAGAGCUGCUACCCCCCGCGCAGCCUGCUACCAACUAUCCGGAAAUGCCGGUGGUGUCCUCUCUCCCCGGCACGACCGCCUCGCCGAUACGCGUCCCCUUCGGCAACGGAAGAGGCGAGCUGAUCGACCUCCCCGGGCUGGCCCGCAGCGACCUGGACCUCUUUGUCAAGGAGGAGCACCGCCCAUCCAUGAUUAUGAAGAAGCGCGUCGUUCCGGAGCAAGUCACGGUCAAGCCUGGAAGAUCGCUCCUCCUCGGCGGCGGCCUGAUUCGCAUCACGCCUCGCGCGACGCCCGACACGGUAUUCCUCAUGUACAACUUCACCCCUCUGGACGAGCACCUGACCAUGAACGAAAAGGCGGUCGGCUUUCAGAACCAGACGCGCGAGUCCGCGGGCGUGCGGAACGUGACGCUGCCCGGCGCGGGGGACAAGAUGAAGCGCGCCGGCACGUUCCAGCUCCGCCACGACGUGACCAAGAAGCGAGCCGGCCCGCUGACCCGCAAAGACGCCGUCGGGCUGCAGGUCGACAGGCUGCCGUUCCGGGUCCUGUCGACCGACAUCCUCGUCGAGGGGGUCGGCUACGUCGAGGUCGUCGCGCAGGUGCGAGCGCGCGCGUUCGAGCGGUGGUCGCAGAUGCAGCAGGCGGCGGACAAGGACAAGGCUGCCGCGGAAGCCGCUCGGGAAGGCGGGGGAGCCGCCUCGGUGGAGGAGGCAGCGCCGUCUGACGAUCCGUUUGAGCAGAUGGUGCUGAAGAGGAGAGAUGUUUCGGGCAGGGCGGAGCCGGCCAGGCUGCCGGCCAAGCUGCCGGCCAAGCUGCCUGCCAAGCUGCCCGAGACGCUGUCCGAGACGCUGCCCGAGCCGGAUUGGCCUUGCGUUGACGUCUUCUCCCCGGAGGGCAGGUUCAUCGGGUCGAGGAAGCCGCUGGAAGGGUGGCUGAGCAACAAGCCGCGCGUGCUGGCGAAGCACAAGAAGAGCAGGCCGAGGAGGAGCAUGAAGGGGGUCAAGAAGAGGGCCAAGAUGGAGAGGAGGGCUGCGGGUGCGAGCUGA